AUGGUGGUUUUGAAUGAACAAUUGUUUGAUUGUGAGAUAAAUAGUAUUCAGUUUUAUAAAAUACAAUACAAUAGUUUUAAAGAUAAUCUUGUAUUGUUAGGUGAGGCAGCAGUAGGAAAGUCAUCCCUGGUACUCAGAUUUGUUCGUGGACACUUCUUGGAUUAUCAAGAAAGUACUAUUGGUGCUGCAUUCUUGGCACAAACAGUUUGUUUAAAUGAUACUACAGUUAAAUUUGAGAUUUGGGAUACUGCUGGACAGGAGAGAUAUCACACUCUUGCACCAAUGUACUAUCGUGGUGCUCAAGCUGCUAUUGUAGUUUAUGAUAUUAGAAGUCAAGAUUCAUUCGAAAGAGCAAUUAAAUGGGUAAAGGAGCUACAAAGACAAGGAAGUCCAAACAUUGUUAUCGCUUUGGCCGGUAAUAAGCUGGAUUUGGCAGCCAAGCGUAAAGUAGAAACUUCAGAAGCACAAACUUAUGCAGAAGAAAAUGGACUGUUAUUUAUGGAAACAUCAGCCAAGACUGCUCAAAAUGUGAAUGAACUUUUUGUAGAAAUAGCCAAGAAACUUCCAAAGACACCAAAUCCCAGACCUGGCUCGGGAAGAUUACCAAUUUCUCCGAUCGACAACAAUCCCCAAAAGAAGAAACCAUGCUGCAGCAGUUAA